ACAGAGCUUACUUCAGUUGAUUGCGCGCGAGUGACAGUGUUGAACGUGGGAAUAGAUUCGUUGUGAAUAAAAUUAUAUUUUAGAAAAUAUGCAGAGGUCUUUUUAUGGAUUGCUCUUUGCAAUCCUAGUGCUAUCUUUAACUGGUCCGUUAGAAUCUAAACGAACUUUCGGUGGUGGAAGACAUAGCUAUCCUAAAUCUGGUGGCCUCUCGGGUAGUGGGGGCAGUCAUUCGUAUCCACAUUCAGGCGGUUUGUCUGGCGGCAGUCAUGGUUAUCCAUCGUCGGGUGGUGCUCAUGGAUAUCCGUCUGGUGGACAAUCUGGAGGUGGGCACGGGUAUCCUUCCUCAGGAGGUAGUCAUGGAUACCCAUCAUCCGGUGGCAGCCAUACAUAUCCACAAUCCGGCGGAUCUCAUGGAUAUCCACCUGGUAAAGGACUAUCAGGCAAUUCCCCAGGCACCGGAGCAGGUCAUACUACUAAUGUGCAUUAUCAUUACAAUUACAAUCCUCCACAGCAAAUUAGGUAUACUCCAGUUCACGGAGGUGCACCUGUAAGCUAUCCCGUCUAUCGAGGUUCACCACCAAAUUACGUGUACCAAUACAAAGACUCCGGUAGUAAAUACGGUACGCUGUUGGCUGGGCUUGCGCUACUCAACCUUGGAACACUUGCCGCCGGCACUUACGCACUCAGUAAAACUCAUUCCUCAAACAAUUAUACGCCCCGGCCUGGCGAGAUUUGCAAAUUCGGUGUUAAAAAAGACAACGGCGAUUACGAGGAAACUAAAAUCGACUGCAAUUUGAUAACUAGUUUCAUAUUCGAAGAGGAAGCUAAGACCCAAAGUGCGGGAGGCACAAACACGACAGUUAUUACAACGGUGACCAAUGUAACAACUGUGAAUGGUCCAGCAACAGACUCUCCGCCACCAGCUCCGAAACAGUUAUACGAAAUGUUGCCCAAUGGUACGUUAGUUCCUGUAAAUGUGACUAACGAAGCCCCAGCGAAUGCUACGAGUAAUGCGUCGAAUAAUACAAUGACGUCAUCAGUGACGAUCACUACGACGAAUACGACAGUCACUAAUGCACUUGAUGUAAAGGGAAAGCCCGUUGAUGUCACGCCGGGAAUGCAAUGCUAUGUAAUAAGACACAGCCCAACAUCGAAUAUGAAGCGAGCCGUACCUUGUAAACUUUUGCAAACAUAUGCCGAUCAAUCACUUAAGAAGAACUCGGCGUCUAAAAAUAUGCCGGCUUUAACGAUGUUGACUGUAAUUGUAGGAAUGUUAGUGUUUCAAUAGAUCUUAAUUAUGUGAUGCUUAAAGACAACGUUUCUAAGGCGUCUUAUGAUUAACUGUAAGACUUAAUUGUCUAUUAUAUAUAAAUAACACGAUUGUAUUAUUUUCUUUGUGAAUGUUAUCUAUGUUCCAAAAUUUAUUGGUAUUAUAAUAUAAAUAGUAUCCGUCCGCGAAUACUUCGACAGCUACAGAUGUAACGAAAACAUAU